UACUCAUCCACAGUGGAAGCAGGACGCUCGCGGGCAGCAAGGUGCUCAUCUGACGUGCCGACGUCACCGGGUCUUUGACAGCACUUCCUGGAGUGGUGUUUGUUGUGGGAAACAGCCCCGGUGCUGCUGAGCUGAACUGGGGAAUUAGGCCACAUACACGGCAGGAACAGACGCGACACGCCGUUGCUUCGCUCCCACCUUCAAACAUGUGGUCGCGGCUGCCUUUGACCGCUACCAGAUAAUAAGGACAGAGGAGAAAAGAGAAAAGGGGUACGCUGGAGAGAAGGACGAGGUGGAAGAGGAAAAAAAACAACAACAUAUUCUCAGAGCAGCACAGCAGAGCCGCCGACAGCACGGAGCUGUCGCGAUGUUGUAACUAAACCAUGGACAGCAGGAUAAAGGAGAACCCAGAAAGAACAUUCGAUCUGGUAGUACAAGUGGCGUGCCCAUCGUCUGAAAAUGAGGAUCCAACCGUGCUGUGGAGCUUCCCCCAGGACCACACAGACCAGGAAGUUCUUCAGACAAUACCAAAGUUCUGCUUUCCCUUUGACGUGGAAAGGGUUUCCCAGAAUCAGGUGGGGCAGAACUUCACCUUUGUUCUCACAGACAUCGACAGCAAGCAGAGGUUUGGUUUCUGUCGACUCACCCAAGGCUGCCGGGUCUGCAUAUGUCUCCUCAGCUAUCUACCAUGGUUUGAAAUCUACUACAAGUUGCUGAACACACUGGCUGACUACUUAACAAAACAGCAGGAAAAUGACUUGAAUGACUUGCUGAAUUCCCUCUAUGAGCUGCCUGUGCCAAAGCCUUUCACACCAGUCAACUUGAGUGUGAAUGAGCGGUUGUGUAUUGCCACUGGGCAAGUACUGAGAGAUCAGCCAAGCAAGGAGCCGCACUCCUACUUCAUCGCGCCGGAUAUCAAUGGACUGCCAACUAUCCCAGAGAGUAGGAACCUGACGGAGUACUUUGUGGCUGUGGACAUCAACAACAUGCUCCAACUGUACGCCAGUAUGCUGCACGAACGGCGCAUCAUCAUUACCUCAAGGAAGCUUAGCACUUUAACUGCAUGCGUCCACGGUGCAGCGGCUUUGCUCUUUCCGAUGUACUGGCAGCACAUCUUCAUCCCGGUUCUGCCUCCGCAUCUUCUGGACUACUGCUGUGCUCCGAUGCCAUACUUCGUGGGAGUUCACUAUAGUCUGCUUGAGAGGGUACGCAGUCGAUCACUGGAGGAUGUGGUCAUUCUGAAUGUGGACACGAACACCCUGGAGACCCCGUUUGAUGACCUGCACAACCUACCCAGCGACGUGGUGUCCGCUCUGAAGGGCAAGCUGAAGAAGCAGUCCACGGCAACAGGAAGUGGCGUGGCCAGGGCCUUCCUGAGAACGCAGGCCGCUCUGUUUGGAUCGUACAGAGAUGCGCUCAGAUAUAAACCUGGAGAACCAAUCACCUUCUGCGAGGAGAGUUUUGCCAACCAUCGCUCGAGUACGAUGAAGAACUUCCUGUCCAUGGCUGUCAACCUGCAGCUCUUUAAACAGUUCAUCGACGGACGGCUGGCCAAAUUAAACGCAGGCCGCGGCUUCACCGAUGUGUUUGAAGAAGAGAUCACAGAGGGGGGCUUCUGUGGAAGUAAUUCAAGGUCCUACCAGCAGUGGAUGCACACUGUGAAGAGAGGAGGAGCAUUUUUCAACACAGCUGUGUCAAAGGCCAAGGUUCAUGCCAAGCGGGGCAUUCGGGACAUUAAGGGGAGACUUAAAGCAAGGGAAGACGAAGAAGACGGGAUGACAGUCCGUCCAGGGUCUCCCACCAGCACCAAGAGCCUGUCUCCAAGGAGACUGCAAAAGAUGAGACGGCACAACUUAAACAAGUCUCCCAUGAGCGUGGGCCCUCGAGAUCUUGGCUAUGGGCUCGACGAUGAUGAGUUGGACACUGCGAGCAAGAUCUCCUCUGAAGACAGCGGCGAGGUCCGUUCGUACACUGAAGACAGCGACGACUCGGACUCCUUCUAUCCGGACAUCGACCCGUCACCUUCCAGCCAGAUGAACCUGCUGGAGGAAAUCCUGGAUUCUCUGACCACAACAACAACGGACCAAGGAAAACUCAGUGCUGCCAAGAGCUUGGACUUCUUUAGGUCCCUGGAUGACUUGGAUGACUACAAGGUCCAGUCAAAGCCAUCGCCUUGCAGCCACUCCACAGCUGCAGACGACGGCAGCUUUGACGGCGGCGCCGAUCACGGCGGAUGGAACAUGGGCCAGGAUGACAGCGCCGUCCAUGGAAAACACCUUCCUCCGUCCCCACGCAGGCAGCCCAACAAGAGCAGCCUGAAGAGGUCCGGAAACCUCGCAGCCUUCUCUGCAGUGACUCCCUGCUCCGCUUCUCCUCCUUCUCUAGAUGCCAACGGCACCAAGUCGGAUCCUCCUCCCCUCUUCUCCUCCAAGUCCCGUCCCGAUUCCCACCUCAUGCCUUCGGGUCGACCUCCAGGAGACCACCGGUUGUCCUAUUCCCCCCUGCUGCUCCAUAAAGUUACACCCCCAUCCUCACCUGCGGCUCAGCCAGACUCUUCUCCGGAACCGACCAGCCGGAGUCGCACCAUCUCAGACCCUCAGUGCAACUCCGAGCCCUCCCAAACCCAGAACCAAAGCGGGUCCACCGGCAUCCUGAGGAGAAAGGUCAUGUCCAAAGAGAUGGUGAAAAACUUCCACGAGCGGUCGGUCCGGAGGCAGCGCAGCAGAGGAAACCAUGACAGCCAGACGAGCCCAACGAAGAGCAGCCAGGUCCAGGUCCCCUGGAAGAAGGAGGAGGAGGAGGAGGAGAGGAAGGAGGAGAAGGAGACUCCUAAAGACAAGCUGCUGGGCUUUGGGCUGUGUCUGGGUCAGUGUGAAGGCUCGGAGACGGCUGGAGGGCCGGACCCGGGCCUGCUGGAGGAGAUAGAGUCCAUGUGUUGCCUCAGCUCAUCGCUUCACAGCAGCCUGCAUCUCUCUCAAGUCCACUGCAGCAACAGCCACCAUCAGGUCCAAGGAAAAGCCACAGAGAAGUCCUAAAGAUGACAGGAAAAGGAAAACUGACUCAGGUUCCUGUCCUCUGUUACAGCUGAUCAGCUGAUAAGGGAACGUUAUGAACAAACCUAAUAAGGGCCAAAACAAACAAAAAGCCUCAGAGCAAAGAGCUGGUCGCGCUGAAUGGAAGCACUGCAGAGUUCUCCAUCUGUCCUCCAUCUACUGGAAGAGAAACUUGGUCAAAUAAAUUAUUUUACAUAAAGAAUACCUCAAAAACAUGGUGGAGAGUGAGUGAAAUUAUAAAAAGCAUCCAAUUAUGAUUCAAAUCAGGAAUACAUACUGAUAAACGGUGAAGUAAAUUUAAACGCACAUACAUUUACUAGAUAUUAAUGUUUAAACUUAAUCUAUAAAAUAAAUAAGAUGCAUGAGAAUAGGUGGAGAUUUCUGCUCAGUUUCAGUUCAGUUUUUUUCUUCAUCUGUCUGCAAAGAUCUGAACACUAGAGAUGCACUGAUCACCAUUUCCAGGCCGAUACCGAUUUCUGAUCCUCCUCCAGGUCUGAACUGUCGAAGUUGUUUUGUUAUUCUGAGGACCAUAACACAUAAAAGACAAAUAAACAUCCUGCAGGUUAUUUUAUAGAGGUAUUGUUAUAAAAUAUGGCUUAUUCUACGUUAUGCUUCAAAGCAAAUAUUACUAAACAUUAUCUGAUUUUAAUAAACUAAAAGUGCAUUGACGUUCUUACAUUUUGUUGCAUUUAACAAAAUGUAAAAUGCAAAAUAUUUUACAUUUUAAAGACUCAAAAAUCUCAUUUUUGAGUCUUUGGCCUGGAAAAUUGGCUGAUUCCAACGUCCAGCCGGUCGAUCGGUGCAUCUCUACUCAGCACUUUAGCUUCAUUUAUUUGAUGUCAGUACUUUGCAAGGAUUUCAAAGGACCAGUUUCCCCUAAACACAACAUCAUGUUUCGUUGAACUCUGUGUUCUGAAAAAUGUCAUGCUAAAAAUUUGCACUCAUGGCUUAAUUUCUGAUAAUCACCCGUUACUACCUUGUACUAAACUGCAAAACCAGCAAGAUGCACAAUGUCCACGCAGGCCUUUGAAACUAAUUAAACUCAGUUGGAUUUGUGAUUUUGAUCACCAUGCCUUAAGCGGACAUGCGAUUUGUUUUGAUACUGAUGUCUUAAACUUUAGAAAUCACUGCAGGUACUUUCUAAUCAGAAUCCUAAACACAGCAGUUCACAUUCACAGAGAAGUAGAUGUUCUUGUGCGAAUGUUACUCCUACCUGUUAAGACUAAAUACCUGAUGAAGCAAAGAGUCGCAUGACUGAGAAAAGCCAGAGUUUUUACUUCAUUUUUCUGUAUGUUUCUGUUUCCAUCGGCCUUUUGCUGCUCUUAGCAUGUUUCUCAACGCCGGCUUUACAAAUUGAGAACAGUUGUUGGCGAACUUUGAAGGAUGUUGAUGAACCCAAUCCCACAGUCGGUCCAAAACGAGCUCCGUUCCCGUUAUUCCACCUCUCUGUGCUUUUUCCCUAACCUCUGUGUGGCACUUUGCCUUAAGGCUGUUUACGCUCUGAAGAUAUCAACCACAAAAUGGGUCAUGAAUAGCAGGAAUAUGUCGUGUUGAAGUUUUUGAAAGAUUAAUUUAAACUGUGUGGAAUCUUGUUGACAGGUAUCAUGCUUUUGUUUUUCCUUCUUUUUUUUGUCUCUUUUCCUUUCUUUGUGUUUUAAUAGGAAAUGCAACCUCUGUCUGACUAGGAAACCCUCUGCACUGUACUGCAGGGGAGGACGAUUGUACUGUAAUGAAGCAAUAUACUGCAGGUCGCUGCGUGGAUGAAAUGUGUUCAGGGUCUAAAGUAUUUUUAUAAGCGUCUCUCCUGUGGAGAGAAGCAUCAGCAUCCAGGGAUCCCGGCUUCGUGUCGUUCUCUGCGUCACCACAAACCCAGAGGAAGAGAAAACGCUUUCGCUCGCUCGGGUUGGGAUUACUACAUUUAUGGUCCGUUGUUCUUAUGAUUUAUGCCAGACGCCAGUCGCUGUGGCAGUUUAAUAGCGGCUGUUUCUCCACUUCUCGAGUGCUGCUCUGCGUUAACGAUUUGCCCAUAAAGUCUUUGGCGUGCUUCUAAAAAGCUAAAAAGAAUCAGUCAUGGUAAUUCCAAGAAUGGUUAAAGACAAAGAAAAAUACAAAGUCCAGAACAGUUUCUGCACUGGCCUCGCUCACUGUAAACACUUUAACAAACUUGUGUACUAUGCAAAUAUUUAGAAAUCUUAAAAGAGGCCAGUUUUCUUCACCACUCGGGUAACUGGGAAUGUCCCAGUGAGGAAUUACUUUCCUCCCUGAUAGUAAUCAGUAGCUUAAGAUUACGGCAUUUGCUGCCACAGAGUCUGAGCCCAAUAAGUCUUGAAAUAAUAACACACAUAAGCUUAAAUAUGCCGAUUCGAUCAGUUUUGUGAUUGUGUCCAACAUAACUCACUCAUCAGUGAUGUGCCAGACGGCAACGGCUAUUUUUAUCCAACCGGUUUUUAAGCGUCUGCAAUGAACUCAUGUUUGCUUAUGAUGGCCAUUGCUUGGUCCGGUUUGCUGAGAUGCUAGGCUAACACUAGCAUGUUUACCCUGAUUUAGUAAUUUAUUGAUACAUUUGACAGCUAUCCAAUCCCAAAUGGACUUUGUUGAUGAGAUCUGACUACAGUUACUGUUACAGAAGUUGACAAAGCCACGUCUUGCUCCUGCUGAUGAGACGCUCAUCUGAAGUCCUGAAGUGCUCGGCUAAUGCUAGCAUGUCUCAACUUUGCUUAACCAGAACUCUAGCGGAUUCUGAAGUCAGUUCUGACUGAACUUGCUAAAUGCGGCUCACAUUUUAUUCCUGCUGAUGAUUUGUUUUUAAUGCAUAACAGUUUGCUGAAGUGCUAGGCUACUGUUAGCUAGUUUAUUCUUUGUUUUGCUUUGUCUUGACUAUGUGAAACAUAUUUCAACCCUAUUUGAGUUUGUAAACUUACAGCUACACUCUUCAGUAAAAUCACUUCUUGCUCAUACUGACAACUUUUUCAUGCUAGUUUAACGCGCAUGUUUUCUGGUUACAUAUUUGGUGGUGUUGACAAAAUUUACAGAGAGUUGUUUUCUUGAAUUACAAACUUAAAACAACAUUCGUUUUAAUGUCUAGUGUUUCCGCUGUUCUCCUUAACAUUGACAGAUGUCUGUGUGCUGCACAUAACGCAGACUGGAACAAGCAGCAUCCAAUACAGUCUCUAUUUGACUGUGAAUGUCGUUGUAAAGGCUGAAAGGCGCUUCGUUUUGGAGAUUAAAACUGUUUUGCAAACUGUGCACAUGAAAAUAGGUGUUGAGUUUUAAAAAUCAGCAGCAUGGUUUGCUAGAAGUGGCUAUCAGGAGUCGAGUCGGAUUCAGAUUAUUGGAAAUGCUGAGAUCAGGAGCCCGUCUCUUAUAAAGAAAUCCGUC